GUGGGGGAGUGGAAGUAUCUAUCUUACUAGUAACCAGUAUGGAUAAAAUAUCAUCAGGUCUCGGAGUUCUUAAGCCAAUUCAAACCGGGAAAGUGGAUGGCGAAGAAACGGCCAUGGUUAUGGGUGAGCCAUUGAGUCCUAUAGCUCGUGUGUUUCAUGAACCAGGGUCCAAUAUUCACAUCAUAACUAUCAUUGGCUGGAAAUCAAAAGUCAACCUUGAGGUCUUGAAAGCCAAUAUGAUUCAGAUUAUUGUUAAGCACCCUCGUUUCUCUAGUAUGCAGGUAAGGAACAAGGAAAAUGGUGGAGAAAUUAAAUGGAUUCCAACAAAUGUGGAUUUGGACAACCAUAUCAUAAUCCCAGACCUAGACCAAAAUAUGGAAUCAUCAGAUAAGUUCGUUGAGGACUACGUCUCCAACCUGAGUACCACCACCAUUGACACGUCUAAACCUGUGUGGGAGUUCCACCACCUCGACGUCGAAACUUCCGAUGCAAAGGCGGUUAGUGUUCUCCGAGCCCACCACUCUAUCGGUGACGGCACGUCGCUCAUAUCUCUGCUACUCUCUUCUACUCACAAAGCCUCUGAUCCUAAGGCUUUGCCAACCUCUUCAGUCACUAAGAGAUCCAAAGGGACUCACUAUUGUCCAUUUUUUUCCAUUUUCAACAUGGUUUGGAACACUGUAAUUGGUGUUGUCACGUUUAUGUUGGCUCCAUUGUUUUUGAAAGAUACAGAUACACCUUUGAAAGCUCCACCGGGCGCCGAAUUGAAUGCUCGGCGUUUCGUUCACCGGUCAGUUAGCUUGGACGAUAUCAAGUUGGUGAAAAAUAGUAUGAACACCACUAUUAAUGAUGUAGUGGUUGGAGUCACACAGGCUGCUCUGACUCGGUAUCUAAACAGAAGAUAUGGUGAGGGUAAGAACAUCCCAGAAAAGAAAAAUUAUCUUCCAAAGGACAUUCGCUUUAGAGCAAUUUUUUUCUUCAAUUUAAGACCGGCCGGAGGGAUUCCUGCUUUUGUUGAUAUGAUAAAGAGUAAAGAAGAGAGAUGGGGAAACAAGAUUGGUAUUGUCCUCCUCCCUUUAAGAAUUGGAUUUCAAGAAGGCCCAUUAGAUUAUGUUCGUGACGCUAAGCUUGUUAUGGAUCGCAAGAAAGCCUCGCUUGAAGCUAAUUUUGCAUAUUUUAGUGCCAAGUUAGUUAUCAAGUUCUUUGGCAGUAAGGUGGCCGGCAUUCUCAGUCGCAAACUUUUCUCUUGCGCGACGAUGUGGUUCUCAAAUUUGGCUGGUCCUAAAGAGGAAAUUGCUUUUUGUGGGUAUCCAAUAGCAUACAUUGCUCCUAGUUGUUAUGGCCAACCCAAUGCACUAUUGAUUCACGCAAUGAGUUACGCUGACAAAAUGACUUUUGUACUAUCAGCUGACGAAGCAACCAUUCCUGAUCCACACCAGUUAUGUGAUGAUCUAGAAGACUCGCUUAAGCUCAUCAAGAAUGCUACUCUCCAAGACGGUGUUAUGAAUUGCUAGUGUGUAUACAUGGCUAUGUGUGUGUAAUUGUGUGUAUAAUAAAGAGGGUUGAGCAAGUGCGUAGAUUGUAGAUUGCAUUAGCCAUUCAUUCGCCCUCCUCCGCAAUAAUAUUAUAAUUUUCAUUCCUGUGUUA